GACGAGUUUACUGCUACAAAGAUCUGACAAUGGAGCAAACUUUCAUCAUGAUCAAGCCCGACGGCGUCCAGAGGGGUCUGGUCGGUGAAAUCAUCUGCAGAUUCGAGAAGAAGGGUUUUACUUUGAAAGGUCUAAAGCUGAUCACUGUGGACCGUCCUUUUGCUGAGAAACACUACCAAGAUUUGUCUGCCAAGCCUUUCUUCAGUAGCCUUGUUGAUUACAUCAUCUCUGGUCCAGUCGUUGCAAUGAUCUGGGAGGGGAAGAACGUUGUUUUGACAGGAAGGAAGAUCAUUGGAGCAACUAACCCUGCUGCUUCUGAACCAGGAACCAUCCGGGGCGAUUAUGCUAUUGACAUUGGCAGGAACGUGAUCCAUGGGAGCGACUCAGUGGAGAGUGCUAACAAGGAAGCUGCGUUGUGGUUCCCUGACGGACCUGUCAACUGGCAGAGCAGCCUUCAUUCUUGGAUCUACGAAUGAUUCUACCCUUUGUGGUUGUUUGUUACCCUUUUUAUCCUUUGGUUAUGAAUCGAAACAUGUCUCUCCGUUCUUUUUGUUAGCUUUGUUACUUGUCUUCUUCCGUGGCAAUCUAUGAAAACCUAUCUUGAAUC